CUUAGAAUGAAGUAAAUGAUAUCAAGACAGAACGUUUUUCUAAUCCGCGAAACGACGCCGUUUGUACCGCCGGUGGCCGAGGGAAAAAAAAGGAUUUGGAUUUUGUUGGAUCUAAAAAAACAUAAAACACAUAGGGGUGGGUCUCUCUCCUCCGGAAUUCGAUCACGACGGCAAGGACGACGCAUCUCCUUCUCCCACAGGGCUGGAGAUGGAUCUGGUCCGGUGAUUUCUGAGAUUUAAGUCGAUCGAGUUUCCAGAUAUAUCUCUCAAGUAGAGAUGGCUUGGUUCAGUGGCAAAGUUUCUCUGGGAGGAUUCCCAGAUCUCACUGGCGCUGUCAAUAAAUUCCAGGAGAGCGUUAAAAACAUUGAAAAGAAUUUCGACAACGCCCUUGGCUUCGACGACAAGUCCGAUUCUGCCGCUGAAGAUGCAGCUUCAAGUAUGUGGCCACCUGCAGUUGAUACCAAAAGCCUCUUUGAUCCCGUUAUGUCCUUCAUGGGUAACACCUCUGAUGAGAAACCUGAUACAUUGGAAGACUCUGUGCGUACAGAAAAUCCGUCUCAAAUUGAACAAAAAGAAGAAGAAGCUGGAUCGGUUAAGCUAGCUACUGAACAAGCAGUAUCUGUUGAAGCAAAUAAAGAAACAAACGUGAGAAGAGAAGCUGAUCAAGCAGAUAAUCCUGAGGUAACAGAAACUGUUGUUUUGGAUCCCAAAGAUGAUGAACCGCAAUCGCAGAUACUUCUCGAAGAGUCCUCUGAAUAUUCUCUUCAGACUCCUGAAUCCUCAGGUUACAAGACUAGUCUUCAACCUAAUGAAAAGCUGGAAAUGACAGCUUCUCAAGAUUCACAGCCCGAGCAACCCAAGUCAGAGGCUGAGGAAUCACAGCCUGAGGAUUCUGAAGCAAAAGAGGUUACUGUAGAAAACAAAGACACUGUUCACUCCCCUGUGUUAGAUGGACAGCAUAAGAUUACUUAUAUGGAUGAGACAACAAAUGAACAAGAAAUUCUGGGUGAAAAUCUGGAAGGGAGAACCUCGUCUAAAAAUUUUGAAGUUUCACCAGAUAUCAAUCAUGUAAAUAGGAUAGAGUCCCCUGUUGCUCAUCCGUCUUUAAUUUUUGAGUCUGAUGGUUCUCCUUACGAGUCUUCUAUACCAAAGAGAUCGUCGUCAGAUGAAAUUUCGGAGAGAAUUGUGGAUUUUGUUUCUCGUGAAAUAGAUUCAAGACUGGAUACUAGUGAGUUAAAUGAAAGCCAGCGUUCAAGCUCUGCGACAAAUGUUUCCGACUCUGCUGAUGUUAUUCUGGAAUUAGAGAAGACCAAAAAGGAAAUAAAAAUGUUGGAAAAUGCCCUGCAAGGUGCUGCAAGGCAAGCUCAGGCAAAGGCUGAUGAGAUUGCGAAGUUGAUGCAUGAAAAUGAGCAGCUAAAAUCUGUCACUGAGGAUUUGAAGAGGAAAUCUAACGAAGCUGAAGUCGAGUCUUUGCGAGAAGAAUACCAUCAGAGAGUUGCAACUCUUGAGAGGAAGGUUUAUGCUCUCACCAAAGAGCGGGAUACACUUAGAAGAGAACAGAACAAGAAAAGUGAUGCUGCGGCCCUUUUGAAAGAAAAGGAUGAAAUAAUAAAUCAAGUUAUGGCUGAAGGCGAAGAGCUUUCAAAGAAACAGGCUGCUCAAGAAGCUCAGAUCAGGAAGCUAAGGGCUCAGAUUAGAGAGGCAGAAGAAGAAAAGAAAGGACUGAUCACAAAGCUUCAGUCGGAAGAAAAUAAGGUCGAAAGCAUUAAAAGGGACAAGACAGCUACAGAAAAGCUGCUGCAAGAGACCAUAGAAAAACAUCAAGCUGAACUUACUUCUCAGAAAGACUAUUACUCAAACGCAUUAGCUGCAGCAAAGGAAGCUCAAGCGUUAGCUGAGGAGCGUACCAACAAUGAAGCGAGGUCAGAGUUAGAGAAUCGUCUAAAGGAGGCUGGAGAGCGGGAAUCUAUGCUAGUCCAGGCGCUGGAAGAAUUGAGGCAAACCUUAAGCAAAAAGGAGCAACAGGCAGUGUAUAGGGAAGACAUGUUCCGUGGAGAAAUUGAGGACCUUCAAAGACGCUAUCAGGCUAGUGAGCGAAGGUGUGAGGAAUUAAUCACACAGGUUCCUGAGUCUACAAGGCCUCUCCUAAGACAGAUUGAGGCUAUGCAGGAAACUUCAUAUAGAACAGCAGAAGCUUGGGCUGCUGUAGAAAGAACUCUGAAUUCUCGAUUGCAGGAAGCAGAAAGUAAAGCUGCAACAGCUGAAGAACGAGAGCGCUCUGUGAAUGAACGCCUCUCUCAAACAUUAUCAAGGAUCAAUGUUCUAGAGGCCCAGCUUUCAUGUCUCAGAGCAGAACAGGGCCAGUUAAGCAAGUCACUUGAGAAAGAGAGGCAGAGAGCAGCAGAAAAUAGACAGGAGUAUCUGGCAGCUAAGGAGGAAGCAGAUACCCUAGAAGGUCGAGCAAACCAACUUGAAGUUGAGAUAAGGGAACUUCGGAGAAAACAUAAGCAAGAGUUGCAGGAAGUGCUACUCCACAACGAGCUUAUUCAAAAGGACCUAGAGAGGGAGAAGGCUUCACGUUUGGAUCUUGAAAGAACGGCCCGUAUCAAUUCCUCGGCAGUCUCUGAACAGCUUCCUAUAGCAAGGCAAAAUUCUGCCUUUGAGAAUGGAAGCUUGCCUAGAAAGCUAUCAAGCGCAAGCAGCCUUGGAAGCAUGGAGGAGAGCUAUUUUCUGCAAGCUUCUCUUGAUUCUUCAGAUAAAUUUUCUGAGAAGCGAAGCAUGCCUGAGGCAACUAUGAGUCCGUACUACAUGAAGAGCAUCACACCGAGUGCUUAUGAAGCCACACUUCGACAGAAAGAGGGUGAACUUGCUUCAUACAUGACCCGCUUGGCAUCAAUGGAGUCUAUCCGAGAUUCCCUGGCUGAAGAACUAGUCAAAAUGACAGCAGAGUGUGAGAAGCUACGGGGGGAGGCAGAUAGGGUCCCGGGCAUAAAGGCAGAGCUGGAAGCACUAAGGCAAAGACACGCGGCUGCUCUGGAAUUGAUGGGUGAACGAGAUGAGGAGUUGGAGGAACUUCGAGCGGAUAUAGUGGACUUGAAGGAGAUGUACAGGGAGCAAGUGAACAUGCUGGUGAACAAGGUAAGGCAAACAGACACAAGUGGAGUCAAAGUGUUGACAAACUCAGGCUAAUGGGUUUGUGCAAUUUUGGGUUUGCAGAUCCAAUGAGGGGCAAGGGAAGAUGGUGUUGGCAAGCUCAGGCUCACGAGUAGGACCACCUAAUCCUUGUUUCCCCAAUAUUGUAUAGCUCUAUAAGCUACCAACCUAAGCCCACUAUAUUCAUUUGUCGUUUUGUCUCUCAGGUGUUGGUUGAACUUGAGGCUUUUUAAAACAAACUUUUGCUGCUCGAAAGAAGAUUUUUCUUACAGUGAAUUCGAUCGUAAAUUAUUAUUUUGGAGACGAGAAUAAACUUUUGUCUGUGUGACUUAUCUACGUAUGUAACAUGUAUUGUCUGUGUAGUAGAAAAACGGUGGAGAGACCCAUUAAUAAUGGGAUUCGUUGAUGUAGCAAUCCAUCCAUAUAGGAAAACUGUGUGACUCGAAUGGACCCGAAUGAGAUAUCAAAAUCACAGAAAUGAUAGAUAAAGAAAAUAAAGAACAAAAAGGCCUCCGGCCCUCUUGUAAAUGUUAAUAAAAGCCCAAAGGCCCAAAAUAGCUCUGCA